AUGCGAAGAGCUAAUCUUUCAGGACAGCUCCUACCGUUUUAUCCAGAGAUUGAUAGGACUUUCCUGAGGAGAAAAAACCUACAGAAGGCAUUUCAAGCAGCGCAAGAAUCUUCAGAGAUGGCUGAUAAAUUGUUGAAGGAUUAUGCAGCACCUUAUGCGCGAGGGGUUCGGUCUAACAUCACUCGAUCGCCAAUCGAAGCUAAUAACUUUGAGAUCAAGCCUGCAGUAAUUCACAUGGUUCAGCAGAAUCAAUUCGGAGGAGGACUGCAUGAUGAUCCAAACCACCACUUGGAGCUUUUCUACGAGAUCUGCGACACCAUGAAAGUGAGCGGAGUCCCUCCAGAAUCAGUAAGGUUAUUGCUCUUCGAAUUCUCCCUGAAAGACAGAGCCAAGCAGUGGUUAAAUUCCCUUCCAGCAAAUAGCAUUACAUCCUGGGAGCAGUGUAGACCAAACUAA